AUGCAGGCGCUGAUCCCCUUCAGCCGAUUGACCUACUGCAGUUACCUGCUUUCUCUCAACAUCCAGAUCAUCUACCAGAGUUCCCGAAAGCACGUCGGCUACUUGGAUCAUCCCACGAUGGUGUACUGGUUCCUGGGGAUCCUGGCCAUCACUGAGAUGGGUGCGUUCGUCUUCUCCCUCUUGUUCGAGUCUCCGUUCCUGGGACUGGAGAAGGUGAUCUUUCCCCUCUUGGACGAGUGGAUCGUGACCCCCAUCGCCCAAGCCCUGCCUUUCGAGUUCGGCCCUCGCGAGACCUUGCCACCGGUUAAAGAGGAGCUGAAGGAAGAGGUGAACGAGAAGAUAGCCAUCAUCACGGAGGACGUUCUGAAGUCAGAGGGAAUGGAAUUCCAACCGGAGAAAGUCCACCCUACGACCAUACUCUGACAAAAUUUCCCCAUGUAUAAAAUAUCGGGUAUUCGUUCGUGAAACAGUCACAAAAUAUCAUCAAUUUCAGUGAAAUA